AUGGAAUACACCCUACCUUUGGUUGGUCACAGCCUAGCAAUCUUCAUCGUCUCGUCUGUCACGGUUGGCUUAGCGAUAAUUGCUGUGACGUUGCGAUGCUUUGUGCGGUUAUACAUCCUGCGCGCGUUUGGGUGGGAUGACGCGCUUAUGGUAGCAGCGCUGGCGCUGUUCAUAUCAUUGAGCGUGCUGUGUAUGAUAGGGACGGAAGCCGGGGUCGGCCACACGCUCGCGGACUUCGAGUCGUUCAGUCUAAAGAGUAUUAAUCCCUCGGAUAGUCUGCACGCAGUGCAGUAUGCGAUGAUAUACUGGUGGCUUGGACAAAUGCUCUACCUGUGGGCGUCGGCCGUCGCCAAAGUAGCCAUUGCCCUUGCCCUCCUUCGACUAGCUGUCCGUCCACUGCACCGUUUCAUUCUCUGGAGUGUGAUAGGCUCUGUGGUAUGCAUUGGACUCGUCUUCUGGCUUAUUCUGCUGCUCGAUUGCCUGCCAAUCGGGUACUUCUGGGGGCAGAUCAACCCUCUCGAGUCGGGCAACUGCUUAUCAACCGAUAUCCUCCUCAUCAUCGCAUACACCUAUAGUUCUCUCACCAUUGUCUGUGACUUUACGCUUGGGGUCUUCCCGGCAGCGUUGAUCUGGGACCUGCACAUGUCGCCGCGCACAAAGGUGGCACUAGGUGCGAUCCUCGGGCUGGGAGCAGUUGCAAGCGUGGCCGUAGUCAUCCGCCUCCCAUACCUAAAACACUACGCCGACGCGGACUUCCUCUACUCGACAUACCAAAUCGCCAUCUGGUCCGUCACGGAAACCGGCCUCGCCAUCAUCGCCGGCAGCCUCAUUACCCUCCGCCCGCUCUUCCGCUGGUUUCUCGACGGAAGCGCAUCAUAUCGCUUGGACAGGCCACAUUGCGUGCGGCGAGGGGGCUGCAUUGCGGGGAGUUAUGCAUUGUCAAUCUCCACGCUGAAGAAAUCGGUCACCAAGGAUGAGGUGAACUACUGGCGGCCGGAUCUUAUGUCAAGAUGCUUGAAUAGCAGUCAAGAGAACUUGACGGGCGGUUGGCACGGUGGAGUGCAGCAUAAGCAUCGGGUUAGUGUUCAUCGUACAUUUACCGUGGAGGAUGAUAUGUAG